AUGAUCAAGGCCGAAAAGAAAGUGGGGUGCCCCGGAUUCCCACUCGUCGGAAACACGGGGAGGCUUCCCACGGACCAAUCACCGGCUGUCGUUGGAAACUUGACGGCUCGCUACCCCACUGGCCCACUGGCUGUCUCCAAAACAUCACCAUCAUGUGCUUCGGCGGCGAGGGUGUGCCGCUCCGGCUUCCCUACGAGAUGUCUCCUCCGACUGGCUACCAGCUCUGCCCGCAUUACGAGACUACUCCGUAACCUUCUUCACCAUCACCACCCCCUUGGCAUCGGCCGCCUGACUUCGACCUCGACGUACCAGCACAUCUCCAAGUCGUCUACGCGGAGCGGGAUGUGCUUGUUUCCAAGCGUCGGGUUUGUGCCCAGCUUCUGCCAGCCCAAGCGAGGCCUGUGUAUUAUCGGCACGCAUGGCCAUACCAUUGCAGUCGACGACGUUGAGACGUUAGUGAGCGUUGGCCAAAUCAAGCUCAAGUGCGCGCCACAUCUCAGCGCCAAUAUGCAGCGCGAUCUCUUUGUCGGUCCGCUUCCACCGGCCGUGCAUAGGUUGCUGAAAGUGGCGGCGGCGGCAUGCUCCCAUUCGCUCGACGCUGCUCGGUUGGCUGGACGCUGA